AUGUACAUGUUCUCAGAUUUUAAGAAAAGAUCGAAGAAGUAUUAAUUUACAUGUUGCGUACGAUUAAUGACUGAACUUGCAGUAUUUAUGACCAUAUUUCUACCUCGUGACUAACGCAAUUGUGCCAUUUUUUCUGGUAAAUUACAAGUGCAGUUUGUUAUUUUUUGUUCACUUCACAACAUUAUACUUUUUAAUUUUCAAAAUCUGAAUGAAAAUUUGCAUGAAUCUGGAGGCAUGCAGCUUUAACGCGAAACAGUUUUAUUGUCAGAAAAAAAACACGAUUGUCAAAUUCUAAAAUUUGCAAUUUUCAAAUGUAUAAUACUCAACGUUGAAACAUUUAUUUUUGCGCAAUAUAAAGAUAAUUUUAUGUUAUCAUUGGACAUUAUCACAUAAUCAUUAUUAACUGUCUGUUAGUAUGAUGUGAGAUAACGAUGAUAAUGGGAAAUAAAUGAUGUUUGUUUUUAAAUUACACUUUAUAAUUGGAUAUAGUCUGAUUUUGUUGAGCUGUCAAUUAUAAAUACAUUAUAGCAUUCAUUUCAAUACUCGGUAUUUAAAGAAGUUCUCUGGAAAACUCAAUAAACUAAUACUUUCAAAGGACAAGAUUCUUUCUAGGCAUUAUACAUAUACAUGUAUGUUCAAAAUUAAAGAGAAAAAUAAGGUAUCUCAUUCUUUCUCAGAUGCGAGGCCCCACAGGUCGUUGUAAUGUUGCUGGAGACCGAGUGGCAUUUGAGGAAUCUCUACAAAUCACAAAUGUCCUACACGGAAAGCUAUCUCCUGAUUGUUCUAUUUUAUUAAAUUAACUAAAAUACUUUGAUAUUGACAACACCAGUGCCAAAAUUGGCACCGUCCUAUUAGCAUAAACUACGUGCCGCCAUCUCCACAGGAAAACAAAAUGGCGGACCAGACUGAAAUUAUCGACUUGAAAAAGAAUAGAGGGUAUAUUCACAGCGUUGUCCAGCCGAGUGGUGUUCAGUCCCGAACCGCCCAGUCAACUCGAAAGCCAGUGCUUGUUACUCUAAAUGAACUCAAGAUAAAACAGACUCUACAGCAGGCUUUCCAAGCUGAGCCUGUUUCAAAAGGAUUCACACCAAAUGAGCCAGUUUCAAAAGGAUUCACACCGCAUCCGACCUUGCCAAACUUUUAUCAACUGCCGAAUCCUACACUAGCGCAUGAGGAAAAGGCAUGGAAGAAAAUACGAGUAGUGACAACUGAUCAGCCAAUGAAGACAUUCUUAGAAGGCCCUCCAUUGCCUCCGACUGAAGAUGGGAAUGCAAAUGAAUUUGGUGUGGAUUUGAGAAAGGACACUAGCAAAGCAUUUGACUGUGAGGAAAAUCUUAAGUCAGAUGUCCCAGCCACCAAAUACACACCAGGGACCGUGAAGUACACAACAUCAGAUGCUCUGAAUGAUAUGGUCAAUGAUUUACCAAAACUUGUUGAAAAAAACACAGGCUGUAUAGUAAAUGGGACAUGUGCCCCAGAGUUUGACUGCUAUGAAGAUGAGGUGCAUUUUGUGCAUGGACAAUGUCUCGGCCGUGGCUCGUAUGGUGUAGUUGAUUUAUGUUACGAUUCGAAAACACAACAACCUUUUGUCAGAAAACAGGUGUCAAAGAAAAUGCUGAGAUCUAGUGAGAUCAUUGUACCAUCAACCCUAAAUCACUACAACAUUACAAAGUUUUAUGGUCUUAUACAGCGAUAUAGCCAGGAGGAGGAUGGGAAUCCAACCAUGGAGUUACUGCUAGAAUAUGGCGGACAUGCUCUAAACAAGUAUUAUCAGCACGGGAAUAAGCUGACAGAUGCACAGAAGUGGGAAGUUUCAAAGCAAGGAUUUGCCGGCUUAGUUCACAUCAGUCAUUACAGCAUAGUUCACCUUGACAUCAAACCGGAGAAUAUUUGUAUCGAGGUCAGGCCAGAUGGAUCUGUCGUAGUAAAACUAACGGACUUCGGCUCAUCAAGGCUACCACAAGAGCCGUUGAAAUUUGUGGGUGUUACACCAGAGUAUAUGGCUCCUGAACUUUGCAAGAUGUUCUUACAACAAUUGAGGAGGCUAAAUUUCGGCCUCACAGAAGAGGAUAUAACAGGAAAAGUGGACACAUUCGCAUUCGGACUUGUGAUCAUGUACCUGUAUAAAGGGUACCAUAUCCUUGUCAAGGUCAUUAAUAACUGGAAUACGAGUUACGACGGAGUAGAUCAAAUGAUGCACAUAAACUUAAUGGAACUGAUGGCUGACAAUCGCACAGAGUUUGUGCAGAACCUGAUUCCCGACGAGUGUGACAUUGACAUGAGAGAUCUAUUGUUGAAGCUUACACGACACAAACAUCAGGAUCGUUACAGUGCACGACAGGCUCUUGACUACAUUGAAGGUAAAAUAAGAACGUUUGAUAAAUAUAAAGAUCGGAGAAAUAAGAUGACAACAAGACCAGAGCAGAGAGGAAGAGAAGUUUACAAUCCUCUUCAAGGUCAGGUGCAAAACAUGGAUAUCGAAAUACCAGAAAUUGCCGAAAAUUGUAUGGAAAGUGAGAAUGGCCCAGUGAAAAACAAAACGAAGGAUGCGUUACGCACGAAGCAGAACCCUUACAACAGGUCUGGCAAGAAGGGCAGCAAGUGUGGAAGCGGCAAGACAACGUAUCCCCAGUCACCAAUGAAUGAGAUGAAUGAUCUAAGACAAGGAAUAGCCAGCAAACAGAUGCCAAUGACUCCGAUAAUGGAGUUCCAGGAUCUAAGUCUCGGUCAGUCUUUGCCGGAGACAAUUGUAGAAGAAGAUACAAACUCUGUCUCGUCGAUGACAGAAAAGAAUACUUCAAUAGCUCAUCCUUCUUCAGAAGCAACUCAUAGCGUGAGCAAAGUGCCGCUGCAAGCCCAACAAGAACCAGCAUUCAGUGUUGUCAGACCUAGCCAACAAGUGCCGGCCGGAUUUAAUUGUAUCAGGCCUACAGUGAGACCGAUGAAAACUGACAAUGUUGUCUCUCUUGGUGGUAAACGAGCACAGUACUCCAUUGCAGCACAACAGCCGCAAGCUGUUAUGAAUAUACCACAAGAACUCAUACAGAAGUUGUGGGUGAAGAAAAUGACGGAGAAAUUUGUCAAGGAUCAGCAGGCAAUGAGAGCACAAUCAACAGUACAACCAGAGUAUCAACAAAGAAGGGUGGUGAAAACAGAGCCAAAUGUACAGCCAGAGGUUAUAAACCUAGACAGCUCGACAACUGAAAGCGGUCAAUUGCUGGCUGGUGUGAAAACUUUUGGGAAUAGUCCAAUACAAAUGGAGGAGGAGGAGAGUAAUGGGCCUGCACUCCCUAAAUUUUCGAUGUUCUCGUAAAGUGGACUGAUCCGAGUUUAGUUCAGCCACAGUGACUAUAUUACAUGUAGUGAUAGUUUGACAUUUUUGGAAAGAAAUUGUUGUUUUAUGUAUUUCUAUGCUUUUGAUCUUUUGUGUUUUAUAUUACUUUGAUUUGUUUUUGUUUUUUGUAUAAAAACUAAUGUUUUUUGAUAAAUAGCAAUAUAAGUAAAAUACUUACCAUUAAACACUGCUGAAAUUACUAAAACCUAAAAUAAUGAAUUUAAUACAAAAAAAAAUGAAGAAAAAGUUUUGUUUUGUUGUUUUUAAAUAACAAAGAGAAAUUAUUUAUACACAUGUACAGAUUUUUUAAGAAAGAAUCUUAUAAAAAUAUCAAAAGGGAGCUUAGUCUGAAAAGCAAAGAAAAAUGUCUGUAUUUUUGUCAUUUAAAUAUUGCCUAAGUAACAUGUGUUUGGGGGGAUUGAAAACGGAAUUUAAAGAAAAAGAGUUCAUAAAAAGAAUAAUAUUUUGAAAAUGUUGAAAAAACAUAUUUUAUUUAUUUAUUUAUUAUUUUUUUAACACUACAAAUAAUUAAUAAUCAAAAGAUUUGCGCCCUUAGUUUAAGAAAACUUUAAUUGAGAAAAAGGAUAAAAAUGAAUAUGAACUGACCAAAAAAAAUGCUAAGACUUAAAUGUGAAAAAGAAUUUAUCAAAAUGUACAAAAUAAAUAAGUGAACAUUAAUAUGUAAACAGUAAACAUUCUUUCUAUAUGUAAUAUUAAAAGUUUUAUUGCAUGUACAGUCAUAUGUGUAUUCAUUUAUAAAUUGUGUAAAUCUACAAAUGUUUUUCUUUACUUUUUCUCAUAUUUUUCUUUUAACAGAUUUGAGUUUUUUUCGUCUCAAAAACCGUUAAACCUGUAUGCUUCAUUAAUUUAUUUUUUUAAAAAUUGAAUUCUUUUGUAUGAGGUACAAGAAGUGGACACUGACAAGGGGUUAGUCAUCAUUUCAGUUUUUAGCAUCAACACAUAAUAAUAUGAUAUUGAAAGAAAUAACACUUAAAUUAUAAAAAAAAAUGAAGAAAAAAGGAAACCUACUGAUAAACAUUUAUUUUUUGUUCUCUAUUUUUUUCACUCACACAGAUAUUUUUUUCAUGACACUUUCUUUUUUCAUUGAAGCAUUUUUUGUUAAUUAAGGUCAGGUAUUGUUGUUUGGAUCAUGUAUAAAGUUGUGUUUUCUAACAGCUGUGCCAUAUUUGUCAAUGUUUCACACAUUUUUUUAUUUCCAUUUUACAACUUAUAUUUGUGUCAUCCUGAAAUUAAUGAAAUCUCAUAGGGAGAACAAAAAAAGUAAAAAGUUAAAAAACGAUAAAUCAGAGAAUUCCGUUUCAAUUUUGUUUCUAAUUAAUAUGAAAUCUUCUUUACACAAAGGUUAUGACUUAGAAAUAGUGUCUACUGGUAAAGUUUGCCUGACUUGGAAGGAUUUUUUUUCUUAUGAUUUGUUUAGCUUUAGAUCUUUUAUUAUUUUAUUUUUAUCAUUUAUGUAAAGAGUAUUAUUAUGAAUUAUUACUUAUAUAUUGAGACCUAAACAAAAACUCAAACACAUAAAAAAAAACCAAAAACAACAACAAUAUAAAUUUAACAAAUAUAACAAAAAAAGAAGAAAAAACAAUUAAUUUUGUCCAUAGACAUUAUGAACAUAAUAAGGUUUUAAAAGCUUUUAUUUUCAUUUAAUGGAGAUGUUAAAAUGAUACUUAAAUCAGAAUGCGUUUUUUUGGAGGGAGGGGGGAAAUGGUUUUUAUUAACUACAUAAUGUAUGAACUUUUGAUUUGUAAUGUUUAACUUCAUAGUGUAUAGGGAUUUGGAGAAAAAAAUACAAAAAAAAUUAUAAAAAUGAAUGAAUGAGGAAGUAAAGAUAUUAUUGCAUCUUCAUCUUUCUUAUUUUAUAUCAUACUAUAAAAAUGUUUUAAAAAAGAUAA